CAGUGGACUCUCCUGGCUGGAGGAACCCUGAAAAACGAAAAAAUGAGACUGAACAGAAGAAGUGAAGCAGACCAAUAAACCACUAACCUGCAAACAACUCUCAAAUGAUCUCUCAAUCGCUAACGGUUCAUCCCUCCUUCCCUUACACUUCUCUUACACUUCUUUCCCGCUCAAAUCCUAUACCUUCCCUCCUCCACUUCUCUACUUCUUCUUCUUCGUUUCCAAGAAUUACUAAACAAAACCCUAGAUUUCCAAAAACCUUUUCCCGUGCUUCUUUCAAUUCUUCUACUUCGACUACUGAAAAUGAAUUUCACUUCGAAUUGGAGCGUUUGUUGGCGUUAUUACCCGAGAAACUACAACAAAAGGCGAUUGAACAUCCAGAAUUGAACCAAAUGAUUGAAGUUGUAAUGGAUUUGGGUCGAAAACCUCUUGCUCGAUUCCCUUCUGGUGAUUUUAUCUUAUCUGAUUAUCCUAUCACGUUUCAGGAUCUCGAGGUUGCAAUAUCUCAGGUUGGUGAUUUUGCUGUUGACAACCGCGCAGGCAUCAGCAGAACCUUACAUCGUAUUAGUGCCUUAAGAAAUCGUAAGGGUGAGAUUGUGGGUUUAACUUGUCGUGUUGGUCGGGCAAUACCGGGAAGUGCUGACUUGUUGCGGGAUUUGGUUAAGGAUGAAGCUUCUAUAUUGCUCAUUGGGCCUCCGGGAGUCGGAAAGACAACGAUUAUUAGAGAAGUAGCUCGGAUGCUUGCAGAUGACUGCAGCAAACGUGUGAUGAUUGUCGAUACAUCAAAUGAGAUAGGUGGUGAUGGUGAUAUACCUCAUGCUGGAAUCGGCAAGGCUCGAAGGAUGCAAGUUCCACAUACUGAUAUGCAACAUAAGGUUCUGAUCGAAGCUGUUGAGAACCAUAUGCCCCAAGUCAUUGUAAUUGAUGAAAUAGGUACUAAACUUGAAGCCAUGGCUGCAAGCACCAUUGCACAACGUGGAAUUCAGCUAGUUGCAACUGCUCAUGGAGUAACAAUAGAAAAUUUGAUAAUGAAUCCUUCUUUGGAGAUGCUUGUUGGAGGAAUACAAAGUGUUACACUUGGGGAUGAAGAGGCUAGUAGAAGGGGUGGUCAGAAGACUGUAUUGGAGAGGAAAGGACCUUCAACUUUUACUUGUGCUGUGGAAAUGAUCUCUAAGGCUGAGUUAAGAGUUCAUCGUAGUUUAGAAGCAACGGUGGAUGCCAUUCUUUCAGGCCGAUCCCCAAAAUAUGAUAUACGCAAAAUGAACACUUGGCGAAUGGGUGAUGAGACACAUACCACGCUAACAGAACCUUCAAUAGACAUCUCCUUUCAGAAGCAAGAUGAAAUCUAUGUUGAAGAGUUUCUGGAUGUGGAUGACCAAAUAGUCAUUGGAGGUGAGCUCAAAUCAAAAGUUACUACAAAAACGCCAGUAAGCACUAGCAAAGAUGAGGUCCCCGUUCAUCUAUUUGUUUAUGGGAUCCCUGAGACGAGCGUUAUUCAAGGGGUUAAACAGCUGAAGGCAGAUGAUAGAGUUGAACUAACAGAUAACAUGAGUGAAGCAGAUGCAGUGCUUGCUUUGCAGGCCAAGCUGAAGAAAAAUCCACGUAUUCAAGCUGUUGCUAAAUCUCAUGACAAGUCCAUUUAUGUGACGAAGACGACCUCUUUGAUGCAGAUAAUGAAAGCUGUCCGAGCAUUAUUGAAUGAACACUAUAGUGGGUCGAAGGAUUUUGAAGCAGAAAAGAUGAAUUCUUCGGAGAAGAUGGAUGCACUAGAGGAGGCACGACUGGCCAUUGAACAAGUUGUAAUCCCAAAAGGAGAACCUGUUGAGUUGCUCCCUAGGACUUUCCACAUCAUGUCUCUUCAGAUGAACCUCGCUCUAGAGUAUCAGCUACUAUCAGAGAGAGUUGGUAAGGAACCUAAUGCACAUGUUCGUAUCCUUCCACUUCAGAGUAACAUAAUGGAUGAAGAUGACAAAACAGAUGAAAUUUUAGAUGACACUCAUGAUACUAAAUUUGAUGAUAAUGAUAUAUUAGACAGCCACAUGAACAAUGGUUCAGUCUACAGUGUGGACAAGUUACCUUUUCUUCCUGACUAGCAUGAAAAGUCUGAUUGUAUAGUCUACUUUACUAUUGCCUGUAUAUUCUUGACAUAACAACGCUGAACCAAAAAUGGGUAAUGUGAUAUACUCCCUCCGUUCCGAUUUA